AUGCCGUUCGACGAGAUGACCAUUACGCUAGAUGAUGUUUCGUGUCUUCUUCAUAUACCUAUUCGGGGUGAGCUGGUUGACCCCGAUAAAGUUGUCAUUGAUUAUGAUGCUAUCCAUCUAGUUGUUGAGUUAUUUGGUGUUUCAUUGAGUGAUGCAUCUAGUGAGGUUUCUUCUGUAAGGGGUCCUUAUUAUAAGUUGGAUUGGUUGAAGCAAGUAUUUGAGCAACAAAGAGUUGCUGAUAACUUUACCGGUGCUGUCAGAGCCUACAUCAUGUUGUUGUUAGGUUGUACUAUUCUUGCCGACAAGACUUUAACUCUUGUCAAGGCAAAAUAUUUACCACUAUUGAGAGACUUGGAUGGAUGUGGUAGAUACUUUUGGGGGGCAGCUGCACUGGUGGCUCUAUAUAGAUAUUUAGGAGAUGCUUCAUUCUAUUCAUGCAAGCAGCUUGGCGGUUAUGCGUCUCUUCUUCAGAGAGGUACUUAUGGGAUUUGUGGCAUCGGUAGUCCAUUGGCUAGGGCGAUGAGAUGGGAAUAUAGGCAAGGGACGCAAAAAGUUGAUGAGAUUCGAGCUGUGUUAGAUCAGUUGACCCCUCGUGAUGUCAUUUGGCGGCAUUUUGAGGAUCAUAGGCAGCACCGUUUGUUUGAUGAUAUCUGUUUGUACAGGGGUGGUUUGAAGUGGUAUGGUACUGUAGUGCUAUAUUUAUCUGACAGAUGUCCGCGUCAGUUUGGAUACAGACAAUACAUACUGAUUGCUCCUCCUAAUGUAGACACACUUGAUGUGGAUGUUGAGUAG